GGUCAAACCCGCCCCCGCAUUUGUCAGGUUUGCUGAUAAAUCAUCAUUCGUUAUAAGGAUUCUAAUGUCGCAAUCGUAGGAGAGUUAGUUGUAGGUUGCUGUCAGCUCAAUAUAUCUUAGCUCGUAGUUGCUGGCGGAAACAUGUACGAUUCGCUGGUGGGCUACAUUACUCAGACGGCGGAAGUAUGAUCACAAAUCAGUUGAUCCUUCUUGAUUUGUGAUCAGAGAAUAUGGCGUUCUGGUUCUGCAUAUAAGUAAUCCCAUAGUGAGCCUUUGUAGAAGGUACAGAAUCAAACAAGACAGCAAGAAUCUAAACUGCAACAAUGGCAUCAACACAACAAUCACUCGUCGUGCAAGAGACUGGCAAGCCAGUGGUGAAAGUCACAAGACCUAUUCCUACCCCCAAGGAAAACGAGGUUCUUAUUAAGACAACAUCUGUUGGCAUAAAUCCACAUGAUGCCAAAAGUCGAGAUAUAAAUCUCUUUCAACUUCCCAUUCCUACGACCUUAUGCAACGAUGUUGCCGGUGUAAUCACUGCCAAAGGCGAUAAAGUCUCCGGCUUCGAACUCAACGAUCAUGUAUUCGGAUACCCUAAGUUUGGGGUCGAUAGCCAAGCAUCCCAACAAUAUGCUCUUUUAGAAGUUGGAAGUUUUGCCAAAGUACCAUCCAAUAUCACCGAUGAUGAAGCAGCAACAAUUCCAGUAAAUUUAUUUGCUUCUGCUCUAUCGUUCUGGUCCGAUAAAUCUUUUGGGUUCCCAGCUCCGUGGGCAGACAACAAGACCUUCAAUGCUUCAUCUCAGGCCAUAGUGAUUCUUGGAGGAGGAACUAGCUGCGGAAAAUUCGCCGUCCAAGUCGGCAAAAUCACUGGCUUUGGAAAGAUUGUUGUGGUCGCGUCAAAAUCAAACACGGAUGAACUAAAAUCCUAUGGGGCAACCCAUGUUAUCGAUCGUCAUGGUACAGACUCGGAGGUCAAGGCACGUGUUCAAGAGGCUGUCGGUGAUGAGAUUAUUUACGUUUAUGAUCCUAUCAACCGUGAGCAUUCAUUUGCCAUUUCUUUGCUAUCUGAGAAGAAGAGAGGCAAGAUCAUAACACUGUUACGCGUGCAACCGUCUUCCGGAAAUUAUGAUAUUGCUCAGACACUUGGUUUGCCUCAAAUGCAUAUGGAAUUCUCCAAGGAAUUCUUCAAGCUAUUGCCAAGCUGGAUAAUCUCUGGAGAGAUCAAGACGCUUGGCUUCAAAGUCUUUGAAGGAGGUUUGGAUGUAGAUGCAUUCAAUAAAAUAUUGGAUGAUCAUCUGGCUGGCAGGAAUCCUGGAAAGUGGCACUUUCAUCCCAAUGCUUGAAUUGUAGUUAGAGGAAGAUAUUAAUGAAGAGAUUUGAGAUUAUUCUUAUUGACGGACCCGCAUAUUUUAUUUGAAAAGAAGUAGAAAUGAUUCUUUAUCUUGAUACUACAUCAUCACAUGAAGAGAUAAAUAAGUCUAUUGCCCA